AAAAAAAUUAAAACAUCUCAAGUUUUGUUAGUAUUUAUGGCCGGACCUGCAAAUACUAACAAAAUUUUGCAGAAACAUAGAUAAAGCAUAGAACUUUGAACAAAAUCGAGAUGCAAAGCGACUUAAAUGAGAUCAAAUCGAUAAAUGCAACAGAAGAUGAAGCUCAAGCAAGAAAUUUGAAGUCUUUUUACAGACUUCAUCCGCAACGUGAAGAAAUUGCGAGGCUUAAACCCAAAGAACUUCUGCGGAGCCGAUAUCUACAACAGCAUUAUGAUCCGUUACAUCAAGGCUUCGCUGACAUACUGAGCCAACCGGAGGAUUCUGUGGUGAUCGAUUUCAACUAUUACCGCGUGGACAAUGCUUCCACCCCGAGGCUAAACGAAGACAUCUGGGAAGAAAUCGAGCAAAUGGCAUUCUUCAAGUAUGGUGUGCGGCCACAUUGGGCAAAGAAUAGGAAUCUUGGGUUCUUGGGAGUGCAGAGUAAUUACCCAAACUUCAACAAAUUCAUUGCGGAGAAGAAACAAUUAGACCCGCAAGGCAUAUUCUCUAGCAAAUGGUCGGAUCAGAUACUGUUGGGAAGCAAAGCUAUUGAUAAAGGCAACGGGAAGCCAAAGUCUGUGGAUAUUCGUCAUCCUCCAUUGUGUAACGAUUCUAUGACACCACCGAACUCCAUCUCGCCACCAAGAACAGCCCCAAAACAGAGUGGCUCAAGGUUAGCAAAACCCAAAAACAACAAAGAAGAAGUCGUCCAUAAUUUUGAGGGAAUUCAGUUGCAAUGGAAGUAUGUCUGCAUAGAGCCUUUGAAGAUCUUGCAGGGAGAAAGGCAGGCUGUUGGGCGGAGAAGUUCCAAGGAUUGGGUAGGCUGCUAUUGGGUGGAGAAGAAGAUCUUGCAUGGAGAGAGGCAGAUUGAAAAUUCUAGGAAUCUCACCCCCAAAUCGUGAAAUAGGAAAGAAGAAGAGAGAUGGGAGAAAAAUGAGCCAUGGGAUCACACAUGCCACGUAGGAAUGUAAAUUUUUACAAUCAGCCUUCUGGGUCUAGUUGGCAUGCCACGUAUUGAGGGAGUAAUAAACUGCAACGGACAGC